AUCAAACGAGUCCAGCUCGUACUUGACAAAAAUGAUUCAUAUUCCUUCAAAUACGCCCAGCCAGCGCAGCCUCCUAGGGAUGCAGCUUAUGAGCAAUCUUCGAACCCGGUGUCACAGACCUCACAAAAGCAGCGCAUUCCCGUACAACAUGCCCGUCAUUACGGGCAUGCCACCGCUUCAGUUACGAGAACUGCCGAGUGGAAGCCGUCCAGCGACAAUGCUCAAGCCCAGCUCACCAUAGAGCAAGAACGGAAGAGACGGAGGAUGCAAAACGCCCCUGAGACCGACUUGGAGUACGAGGCAGAACAACAGCCCUCCCAAGUACUCAGUGGCGAAGAAAGGACUGGGGUGCAGAAGAUCCAGACCGGUGCCCAUGCCGGCGCUGUCGGAAGCGCAGAGCGAUCUGGACACCCUGAGAUAAUGAGCACGCAAGGAAGGGAUAGUGGCCUGCCGAGUGUGGGAGCCUUGGGCUUAGGACAUCUCAGCCUGCUGUAUUCAUCUUCUGGUUUCUGGGGGGAGGAAGACGUGGCGGCGAAUAUAAACCGCAAGAGCGAAAGCCAUGACAGGAAAUUGGACGAAAGGGCAGGGCAGAAUCACGUGCAACCUGACUAUAGAGUGGCGGAAAGGGAGGCUGUUAGUCAACAGAAGCUCAAACAGAAUGAGGAGAUGGAUGUCCAACAAGUCGGAAGGACAGCAACAGGUGGCCUAGUCGUGGAUAGGUAG